ACAACUCAAAAUCUCCCACUACAACAUCAUCAAUCUAAGUGAUCUUCCCCUCCUUCGUUUUCUCAUCAGUUUCCAUAUACUUGACUACUAAUCAUGGGUGUCUUCAAGUACGAGGCUGAAUACACUUCUGUUAUCGCCCCAGCUAGGUUGUUCAAGGCUUUCGUUCUCGAUGCUGACAACCUCAUCCCCAAGAUUGCCCCCCAGGCAGUUAAGUCCGCUGAGAUCCUCGAAGGAGAUGGUGGUGUUGGAACCAUCAAGAAGAUCACCUUCGGCGAAGGUAGCACUUACAGCUUUGUAAAGCACAGAAUUGAUGCCAUUGACUGUGAGAACUUUGUCUACAGCUACAGUGUGAUUGAGGGAGCUCCUGACUCAAUCGAGAAGAUCUGCUACGAGACUAAGUUGGUGGCAUCCGGCAGUGGUACCGUCAUCAAGAGCACCAGUGAAUACCAUGUCAAGGGUGAUGUUGAGAUCAAGGAAGAGCAUGUCAAGGCCGGAAAAGAGAAGGCCUCUCACCUCUUUAAGGUCAUUGAGGCCUACCUCUUGGAGCACCAUGAUGCCUACAACUAAAUUUGGUGUUUUGAUGCUCUAGAUCUGUUGUGAUGGGCUUUGAUUCAAGAGUGAAUGUUGUAUUUCUUUCCCAUUUGCAAUAAACGAAAUGAAAAUCAUGGAUUUGAUCA